AUUGGCAAAAGAAGACUAGGGAACUUGGAUGUUUGAGGUUACAUCGCUAUGUUUAUUGUUUAUUUAGACAAUGUCCAAUGUUAUUGGCGUUUGUUUAAUAUUUAAGAAUGAAAAAAGGGCAAAUACAUAAAAUAUACUUUCGAUUUGAUUCAAAUUAUGAAGCUGCUGUACUUUCAGCAACUCGUAUUCAGAACUAUUUUUAUUUUUGCGUGUUACAUGGACAUAGUCAGUGCAAAUGAGGAGUGUAUUCCUUUAAAUGUACUUAUUAUACAAAAAGUGGAGAAUUUAGGAUUUCAUCGAGAUUUGAAUUGGUUUAUCGAAACCAGGGAUCUCAAUCCCGAUAAAUGGCUAAACUCUUCUUGUAAUGUUACCUUGAAAAUUGAUGUGGGCAAAGGAGUUUUCGUUAACCCCGAUCAGGCCGAUGACUUAAAACGCCUUGGAAAGUUGGAUAUUUUGAUCAAUGGAACGGUGGACGUCGAAGUGCCGGCUCAUGAAGGGAAAAGCUAUAGUGUGUAUAUCUACUUAAAUCGUACUGAAUUUCUCAGGUCAAUAAAUGUAAAGCUGCCUAUUCAUUUGAGAUAUCAGCGAAGCCUUUUAGGAGGUCAUGGGCACGUCACCUUAAGUAAACCGCAACUAUUAGUUCACUGUCCAGGGUCGAAUAAAAUAAUUUGUGGAAAAAAUACUAAGAUUAUGGCCCCGGUAAGUUCAGAGGAACCGAACAAUAUCAAAGUAUGGAAGAAUGUCUUGUAUUAUCAAGGGGAAUUGGGCGUCAUGGAGUUAGAAGUGCCGAUUGGCAACCUGAACGACUAUUCCUAUGUGUCAGUCAUCACUUGUAUUCUUGGAUGUGCAGGCUGCAUUUAUAUAAUAUCCCUGAUGUCUGCUAAGUGAUUUCAUUCAUUUCCAUUUAAAAUUAGGCCCACACUAAGGACAUCUAAAUCGUCCGACACUUUAGCUCAAAAACCUAAAGCCGAAAUGCAUUCAUUAAUAGAUCUAUCAAUUAAAAAUUGAUUUUAUUGAUUAAAACAAGAUUUUGCAAACAUUUAUCUAGUCAAACUGUGAGAAAAAAAAAUCGCUGAUUUAUUAAACACUUUGAUUCACA